AUGGGAAACGGAUCAUCUAACUCUUCUAGUUCUUCAAGUAGACAUAGAUAAAAUUAGAGAUAGUAAAAUCGCUAGCAAUAAUAGCCUGCACCUUAAUAGAAUAAUAGAUAAUAAUAAUAAUAUUAAAACUAAAAUCCCCCUCAACAGUAAUAAUUCCCUCAACCUCCUCCACCUCAAAUGUCUCAAUUACCUUAGUAUGGGCCACCAGCAUUUAGAUAAGGAUUUAGUGGUGCAGGAGGCGUUUAAGUUAUUUAGAAUGAUAUAAUCUUUAAAAAAAAUAGCGCUAAAUUUGUAAAAUAAGAUAAUGGUUGGGUGUUUUAAUUUGAAUUUGAUGCUUUGAAACCUGUUACUAUAUCUGCCUAUUUUUUAGUUUAGUAGUCUUUGAGAUUUUUUUCUUAGCUUCAUGAAUCUUAUAGUGAUGAAAAAGCUAAAUUCGAGCUAAGUUUUAAUGCAUGCCAAAGAAAUUAAUAGUUUACUUGCUCAUUUCCUUUAUAAUUGGAGACUUUAAAUAGCAAAUAUUUUGAAAACAAAGAUAAAUUUUGGCCAAUUAUAGUACAAAUGAAAAGAGACGAUGCUUACUUAGAAUAAAAAAAUUUAUUUUAUUACUUUACUAUUUAAUAAAAAUAAAAUGAAUUCUUACCUUUCUUAAAGAAGUAAGUCCUAGAAUUAAAUAAUGAGUCAUACGAAAUUUCAGAAAUUUAUGGAGUAGAAAAUACAGAUUUAGUGCAUGGAGAAGCUGCAGAGUAAAAAUAAGCAAAUAUGGAUGACUGUAAUAAAGAGUGUAUUAUAUGUAUGACAGAUUUGAUAGAUACUGUCAUCAUGCCUUGUAAACACAUGUGUAUAUGCGUUGAAUGUGCUAAAACAUUUCAAUAAAAAAAGAGUAAUAGACUAUGUCCGGUUUGUAGAAAAGAAAUAGAGUCAUUUUUAAGAAUUUCCAAGUAAUAAUAAAGUCAAGGCUAAUAGAAGCCUCAAAAGUGA